CAGACAGGGAGACAACAGAGCCAUUUUGACAGCUCUUGGAGUAAGAAGAAGCGGGCGAGCAUCACUAAAAACCGACCGGCCACGUAUAAAGCAAGGCAGGGCAGAGAGGGCGGGAGGGUCGCUGGGUGAAAGACACGGUCGUCCUCUGCUCUCCCAGUUUUCAUGGGGAGGAGAGGCUGUUAGCUGGGGGCAGUGCCAGACCCGGAGGAGACCAGAGGAGGUGGAAGGAUAUUAAAACCAAGAUAAGCACGACAAACACGGUCUCAGCACAGGAGGAAGACGGUUUUUGACCCUGCGGAGACCUAAAGAAGGCACCCAGAGGUGCUAGGAAGACAGCACCAUGGCAGGGGCCUCUGUGAAGGUGGCGGUGCGUGUCCGCCCCUUCAAUUCAAGGGAGAUCGGAAAAGAGAGCAAGUGCAUCAUUCAGAUGACUGGAAACACCACCACCAUCAUCAACCCCAAGCAGGCCAAAGACAACAAGAGCUUCAACUUUGAUUACUCCUACUGGUCCCACACCACGCCCGAGGAUGCCAACUAUGCCUCUCAGAUGCUGGUGUAUAAAGACAUCGGCGAGGAGAUGCUGCUGCACGCCUUCGAGGGCUACAACGUCUGCAUAUUUGCUUAUGGUCAGACAGGCGCUGGAAAGUCCUACACCAUGAUGGGGAAGCAGGAUGUCAAGGAUCAGCAAGGAAUCAUCCCCCUGCUCUGUGAAGAUCUUUUCACCAAAAUUAUUGACAAUAUAGACAACAGCAUGUCUUACUCUGUUGAGGUUAGCUACAUGGAAAUCUACUGUGAGCGUGUGCGGGACUUGCUGAACCCUAAAAACAAAGGGAACCUGCGUGUUCGAGAACAUCCUCUGAUGGGACCUUACGUGGAGGAUCUGUCGAAGCUUGCUGUCACCUCCUACAACGACAUCCAGGACCUGAUGGACUCGGGCAACAAGGCCAGGACUGUGGCUGCUACCAACAUGAAUGAGACCAGCAGUCGCUCGCAUGCCGUCUUUAACAUCAUAUUCACUCAGAAACGCCUCGAUGCUGAGACUGAUAACACCACUGAGAAGGUCAGCAAGAUAAGUUUGGUGGAUUUGGCGGGCAGUGAGAGGGCAGAUUCGACUGGAGCAAAAGGCACCAGGCUUAAGGAAGGAGCGAAUAUCAACAAAUCUCUAACCACACUGGGGAAAGUCAUCUCUGCGUUGGCAGAAGUGGACUCUGGGUCGAAUAAGAAUAAAAAGAAGAAGAAAGUAGAAAGCCAUAUCCCCUACAGAGAUUCAGUCUUGACCUGGCUCCUCAGAGAAAAUCUGGGGGGGAAUUCUCGCACUGCAAUGGUCGCUGCCCUGAGUCCAGCAGACAUCAACUACGACGAGACCCUCAGCACACUCAGGUAUGCAGACAGAGCCAAACAGAUCCGCUGUAACGCCGUGAUCAAUGAGGAUCCCAACAACCGAUUAGUGCGCGAGCUGAAGGAGGAGGUGUCACGUCUGAAAGAUCUCCUCUACGCCCAGGGCCUGGGUGACAUCAUUGAGAAGUAUCGAGCGUCUGAUGCUGAGAUCGAGGGUUUGAAAUACCUAUCCGAUUACAAGAACAAUAACAAAAAAGGCCAAGCAGUGAAUCAAAGGGAUGAUCUCUCCACAGUGACCAACGCCAUGACGGGCAUGAGUCCCUCUCCGUCUCUCUCAGCCUUGUCCAGCCGAGCCGGAUCCAUCGCCAGUCUGCAUGACCGCAUCAUGUUCAGCCCAGGCAGCGAGGAGGCCAUCGAGAGGCUGAAGGAAACAGAGAAAAUCAUUGCUGAACUCAAUGAGACCUGGGAGGAGAAACUUCGUCGAACAGAGGCGAUUAGAAUGGAAAGAGAGGCCUUGCUUGCAGAAAUGGGUGUGGCAAUGCGAGAAGAUGGUGGGACACUUGGUGUUUUCUCUCCCAAGAAGACUCCUCAUCUUGUGAACCUGAAUGAGGAUCCUCUGAUGUCUGAGUGCCUGCUCUACUACAUUAAAGACGGGAUUACCAGGGUGGGUCGUUUGGAUGCCAGCAGUCGUCAGGACAUCGUCCUCAGCGGUCACUUCAUCAAAGACGAGCACUGCACUUUCACUAGCGCUACAGGUCCUAUGGGAGAAACAGUCGUCCUCGAGCCCUGUGAAGGAGCAGAGACUUAUGUGAAUGGAAAGAGGGUGACAGAGCUCACCAUCCUCAAAUCAGGAAAUCGCAUCAUCCUGGGUAAGAGCCAUGUGUUCAGGUUUAACCACCCAGUGCAGGCGAGGGCGGAGAGGGAGAGGACCCCGUGUGCAGAAACUCCCUCUGAGCCCGUGGACUGGGCCUUCGCUCAGAGGGAGCUGCUGGACAAACAGGGCAUUGACAUGAAACAGGAAAUGGAGCAGAGGCUGCAGGAGCUGGAGGAGCAGUAUCGCAAAGAAAGAGAGGAGACCAACAACCUUCUGGAGCAACAAAGACUGGAUUAUGAGAGCAAGCUGGAGGCUCUUCAGAAGCAAGUGGACCGUUACUACCCAGACGUCCCUGAAGAAGAGGAAGAGCCAGAAGAGGAAGUGCAAUGGACAGAGAAGGAGAGAGAGCUGGCUGUGUGGAGUUUCCGCAAGUGGCGGAGCUAUCAGUUCACCUCUCUGCGUGAUCUGUUGUGGGGAAACGCCAUAUUCCUCAAGGAGGCCAAUGCCAUCAGCGUGGAAUUAAAGAAAAAGGUCCAGUUCCAGUUCAUCCUGCUCACAGACACUCUGUACUCCCCCCUGCCUCCAGACCUGCUGCCUCCAGAGGCCACUAAAGACAGAGACGUACGACACUUCCCACGCACCAUUGUGGCUGUGGAGGUGCAGGAUCAGAAAAAUGGAGCCACCCACUACUGGACAUUAGAAAAACUGAGGCAGAGGCUCGAUCUCAUGAGAGACAUGUAUGAUCGUGCGGCUGAUGUGCCGCACAACACGACUGAAGACACUGAAAAUGUGAUGACCGGAGGAGACCCCUUCUACGACCGCUUCCCCUGGUUCCGUCUGGUUGGCAGAAACCCUCUUUUCAACACAUGCAUGAGCGAGCGCAUGAGUGACCCCACCCCACCCUCGUCCCUCUCCAACUCUGAAAUUACUGAGCUGGCCGACGCUCAGCGCGAGGGUCGAGGGGAGGCGGAGGAGUUGGAAGAGUUGGAGGACCUGGACGAUGAUAUCUUUUUGGAGGACCCGUGCUUGGAGCUCGGGGCAGAUGAUGAUGAGGAUGAUGUUGAUGAUGAUGAUGAUGAUGAGGGAGAGCUCUGCCGAGGCUCCAGCGAAGGCCAGGAUCCCUUUUACGACCGCACACCUAUAUUCAGUGUAGUGGGAAGGGCUUUUGUGUAUCUGAGCAACCUGCUGUACCCGGUUCCUCUGGUCCACCGCGUGGCCAUCGUCAGCGAGAAGGGAGAAGUGAAGGGCUUCCUCCGUGUGGCGGUGCAGGCCAUAUCAGCUGAUGAGGAAGCUCCUGACUACGGCUCAGGAGUGAGGCAGUCCGGUACUGCCAAAAUCUCUUUUGAGGAUCAUCAAUAUGAAAAGUUCCAGUCUGAGACCUGCUCUGUAGGUCUGUCGCGUUCUGGGGUCUCCCAGGAGGAGCUUCGUAUUGUGGAAGGGGAGGGGCAGAACUCAGAAAUGGGUCCCUCAGCUGAUGAGGUUAACAACAACACAUCCGGUGCAGACGAGCCUGAGAAUCCGCUGAAGGCCGCUCUGGAUGGGGCAUCUGAAUCCGCUCUGGAGCAUCUGAAGAUCGGUAACGUUUUCACCUUCAGGGUGACCGUCCUGCAGGCCUCCAGCAUCUCUGCAGAAUAUGCCGACAUCUUCUGCCAGUUCAAUUUCAUCCACCGCCACGAUGAAGCCUUCUCCACUGAGCCACUCAAAAACACCGGCAGAGGCCCUCCGCUGGGCUUCUAUCAUGUGCAGAAUAUUGCUGUGGAAGUUACUAAAUCCUUUGUUGACUACAUCAAGACUCAACCCAUCGUGUUUGAGGUGUUCGGCCACUACCAGAAACAACCGUUUCUUCCUCUCUGUAAAGAUGUCAUCAGUCCACUUCGUCCCUGCAGAAGACAGUUCCCACGAGUGAUGCCCCUGUCCAAACCAGCUGACUCCGACACCUCGCCGGAGCGGGAGAAAUCUCUGGAGAUGAUCCGAUACCUGGUCCCAGAUGUGUUCAAUGGGGCGCUGGUGGACUCGCUGUCAGGCCACGCUCUGUCUGCCGCUGGCUUGGCUGCUUCCUUCUUACUGGAAGCAAACGAGCGAGCUCAGCUGACAGCUCCGCCCAUCUCUAUCUGUUCAGUUAUUAAAGCUCAGAAGCCGGUACCUGCAACCAAGCUGACAGCUAUGACCCGCCCGCAGGCAGGACCCUGCCACUGUAAAUAUGAUCUCAUGGUGUUCUUUGAGAUCUGUGAGCUGGAGGCCAACGGAGACUACAUCCCUGCAGUGGUGGACCACAGAGGAGGAAUGCCUUGCCAUGGCACAUUCCUACUGCAUCAGGGUCUCCAGAGGAGAAUCACUGUCACCAUCGUACAUGAGUCAGGAGGUGACAUGGAGUGGAGGGACAUCCGUGAGCUUGUUGUGGGACGUCUCCGCAACACCCCCGAAGCAGAUGAGACGAUUAUUGACCCAAAUAUCCUCUCUCUCAACAUCUUGUCUGCUGGGUAUGUCAGGCCCAUGCAGGAUGACCGACAGUUUCUUGAUUCGGACAUGCCUAGCAUUUCCCUGGGACGUGACCAUAGGACUUUCUAUCGCUUUGAGGCUGCUUGGGAUAGCUCCAUGCACAACUCCCUGCUACUAAACCGAGUCACUCCUUAUGGGGAGAAGAUCUAUUUGACCCUCUCUGCCUACUUGGAGAUGGAGAACUGCACCCAGCCUGCAGUAAUAACCAAAGAUAUCUGCAUGGUGUUUUAUUCUCGAGACACAAAGCUCUCCGCCUCACGCUCCAUCAGAAACCUCUUUGGUACUGGAAGCCUUAGAGCAGCAGAUGGAAACCGUGUAACUGGAGUUUAUGAGGUCAGCCUAUGUAACCUGGCAGAUGCAGGAAGCCCAGGUAUGCAGAGGAGACGCAGGCGGGUGCUGGACACCUCAGUUGCCUACGUCCGUGGGGAGGAGAACCUGGCCGGGUGGAGGCCCCGCAGCGACAGCCUCAUUCUGGACCACCAGUGGGAGCUGGAGAAACUCAGCCUUCUUCAAGAUGUGGAGAAGACCAAACAUUAUCUCCUGCUGAGGGAAAAAUUGGAGUCAACACUGCUCAUGGGCCAAGAGGCCCUGCUGACCUGUGUCCCUGAGGAGCCGAGUGAGUCUCCUCAGCCCUCUGAGGUCGACCAAGAGGUCAGCUCCUGCAAUGAAAUCACCACUGAGAGGCAGAGAGAGCUCGCCGCCAAGUGUUUGCGGCUGCUCACUCACUCCUUCAACCGAGAAUACAGCCACGUUUGUGUCAGCGCCAGUGAAAGCAAGAUCUCAGAGAUGUCUGUCACAACGCUAAAAGACUCCACUUCAAUCUCUACUCUGAACACGAUCAUACCCUCCACAACAUGCCCUUCACUGGUCGAUGGUUGCUACAGCAAUACUGAACUCAGACCACCUGCGCCUCGCUCUCGUGCAGUCAGCCCCACUCCUGACAAACAACAGGACCAAGAGGCCAAGAAGUCCGUUAAUGGAGCCUCUGACACCAAGCCUCGCAUCCGCAGAUUUUUCCCAGAUAUUCAGGAGAUCAGAGUCAGCCCCAUUGUAUCAAAGAAGGGUUACAUACAUUUCUUGGAGCCCCACACAAACGGUUGGGUGAAGCGCUACGUAGUUGUGCGGCGGCCGUACGUCUACAUCUACAACACAGAGAGAGACACUGUGGAGCGGGCCAUCCUCAAUCUCUCCUCGGCCCAGGUGGAGUACAGUGAGGACCAGCAGGCAAUGCUGAAGACCCCGAACACAUUUGCCGUGUGUACAGAACAUCGUGGAAUCCUGCUUCAAGCCACAAAUGACAAAGAGAUGCACGACUGGCUGUAUGCGUUUAAUCCUCUCCUCGCUGGAACGAUCAGGUCAAAGCUGUCGAGAAGACGAGCUGGACAGAUGAGGAUGUGAAACAAAGACUAACAUGUACAUAGAUCCUUGUCCUGAUCCCUCCCCUUGUGCUGAGCCCUAUCCCCCCUCAAACACACACAGUCACAAACAACCAUGUUCCUCCCGUACAUCCUCAAUUUAUCACUAGUGUCCUCAGCACCUAAAGCGACCAUUUCGUGUCAGGCCUUUGCUGCGGUGUGAGUCUCGUAGUCUGACGAACCUCUUCUGUCACUGUACUGUACCGGAGUUUAAUCUUAGCUGGGUGAACGAAGAAAAGGGAGAAAGUAGCAACAGUUUCUAAUCUCAGAUUACAAAGCGUAUGGUAAUGUACUGUAGUUGUUGUCAGUGACACAUCAAGCCUUAUACAUUUAUUCCUUAAAAAAAAUGCAGUGUCAUUUCUUUUUACCUAAAGCUGCCAUGUCAGUGAGGAUCAAACUGCUACAUUUACAUCAGUAAAUAGACAAACAUGCUGAUUCUUCUCUUCUCUACUCUACAGCUAUAUAUACUGUGUCGAAACUGGUUUGCAUACAGCUAAAAAAUACAUGCAAGUUGAUGAAAAAAAAUGACAGUUGAGUGUAACUCUUAAGAAUAAGCCUCUUUUCUUUGUGGUCCAUGAAUCCUGACUUUGAGUUUUCUGCCUUUUAACCUCUUAGAAACGUUAGCACACACAGCCUGGCAAAGGGAAUGGCAUUCUCAUCAUAGACUUCAUGUUCUCGUGGCAUUUUGACCAUUUCAUGUAGUUUUACGCUACUUGUAGGAGCACCAAAGGUAUCUACUUUCACACACAAUAAGUAAUCAAAUAUCAUCACCCUAAUUCCUGUCAAUUUAAUCUCAAUCUCUACCUGAUUUUUCCUUUAAAAUGUGAUAUAUUUAGAUAUUUAACUGCUUUUAUUAUUUAUUUCUGCAUGUAUUUAUUUACAAAGACGUUUAUAUUUCUAAAAAAAAAAAAAAAAGUAGUACCGUGCAAUUUCUGCACACUGCACUUUUUAAUGAGUUCCAUAAAUGUCUGAAUAACACAACCUAUAGUCCCCUUGUAGUCAAUCUAAUUAUCUAAAAUAUGUAAUGAUUUAUGAUUGGCUACUUUCUUUGUGCUGAAGAUUACUUGAAUAAAACUAUCCUCUUCAGACUAGGAUAGUGAUGCCUAACCAUUGCCCCCGUUAACGUACAUUAUUAGGUAGAGAAAACUAAGGUGGUCUGCACAAAGUUACCUUGUUAAGGGAUCAAAAGUAUCAACUGUUUCAGAAGAAUAAACAGUUUUUCUGAAUGAUAUGUACAUUAAUUAAUGUAGUGCCUCUCUUUUCAGUCAUACUGUACAGUAUGCCGCUGCACCAGUUGCUUUGAAACAACAUCCUUCAUGCUGCUAUAAAACUGUUCUGGAAGUGUCUGCAGAUCAUUUCUCAUCAACUUCCUGCUUUUUUAUCAUCAUCAUCAACAUACUCAGACAAAAAGGUUUAAUUUAUUUCCAUUUGUAAUAUGGCACUCAGCUGUCAUAUUGUACUCCCAUAGCACAUAUACUCAAAAAACAUUAAGAAGCCGUACGUUAACAUAGUGCAGGACUGUCAGAAAGCAAUGAUUAAUAUCUGUAGAGUCAUGCCUUAAAUUGAAAAGAGGAAACCGUGGCCAUUUCAAAGUUCAUAUUGAAAGGCUAUACACCUGUUCUUUAACAAAAAAAUCAAUUCAUUGAUCUAUGAUGAAAAUGGAAGCUGUUUAUUUAUGCAGCAUUUCAUUCAAUUUGACUCUGGGUCUGAAAAUGAGCCAGUAUGUAUAAAGCUUGUGAGAUGUUGUGUUGUAGUUGUGAGUUUGAUGACGGGUGUGCCUCAGGUCAACCAGCCUAGAGAGCAUGCUCAAAGACAGUAGUGAUGUUUUUCUCUCAAACAGGUGCAACAACAACAUCCCUCAGUCUUACACUGUCAUAGAAACACAAGAAAGAAAAAGGUUUUAUUGCAUUCAUUUUAUGUAAUGGCACAGUCAAAUUUAGGAGUAAACUUAAUGUUAUGGAUUUAUUAAUGCUGCAUAUAGCCUGAAAUUGGAAAGUAAAAACAAAACAUGCAGCCAAUUUGUGUACAACUGCCAGUAUUUACCCAAAACAAAUGUCCUUUAGUUUAUUGUCCAGCAGGUUGAAUGAUCAAUAUAUUGAUCAAAGUGUGUCACUGGCUUUCCUGGCAGCGCUGCAGUUGUGUUUUAUCCAGCUAUAGCAUAAUAAUUGAAGGAAUACCCUGUUGUACUGUACAUGACACUGUCUAAGCACUCAUUUCUGUCUCAUUUCCUUUAUAAUGCAGUCGUAAAAAGUAUCAUUGGAUCUCUAUGUUGAGAUUAUUCCUUUUGUUUUCUUUGAGCCUUUAAAUGUGCAUCACAUUUGAGCCAACCAAAGUUUUGUUGGCACAGUCACAAAAAAAGUACACUGAAUGUAACAUUGAUAUUUGAAAAUACUUGUCCUGCUGGAGUGGUUGUGUUGACUUGUCUUCUGGUUUCACAGUCUGGUUCCUUCAUGAUUGUAGGUUAGUGACUAUCAGGGAACCAAAUGGAGUUUAUAAGAUAUAUCUGUAGUAAUCUGUCCGCUGACAUGUAGGGGGAGGAUGGUUCAUUUGGGCCCUGCUAGGCAUUGCAUCUUGCACAGAGUGAUGCUGCCGGUUACAUUUCUCACAAACUUCACUUUCAUUUCAGUAUCUACCUUCACCAUCAUGCGCUGGAGCCUUCACAACAUAUACGUUUUCUAAUCCCUUUGAAGAAAUAUCAUUUACAUUUCUGUGCUUCCACAUGUAAUCUUUUUUUUUUUUUGCACUAUCAAAUUGCACCGGUACUUUUUUUCUCUGGCUGAAAUUAUUUUGCAUUGUAUAUAAACAUGAUUGCUGUGAACAGUGUAUUAUAAAGUUGCACCCAUUUACAAAGUCUUAAAUGGGCAGUAGUUCAGUCGGUGUCUCUGAGUGUUGGAGUUUAGCGUCAAAUGUUUGUGUACACUAAACACAUUGUCAUAUAAGAAAUAAACCAUGAGAUUAUGCAACACAAACAA